AUGACUUCCUCGCUAUCACAACGCUUGCAAGCGCUUGCCGAUGCCUUGAAAGAGACCCUAGGUGUGAUACAGGAGUUGAAGACCUUCUCCGCAGGCGAUGGAAACACGGAUGAACGACGACUGGAACUUGCGACAGAUAUCCAUGAAAGAUUGAGAGAACACGAAGACACUCUUGAGAUAUUAGGACAAGAGGUCCAAGACGACAAUAUUCCUACCAAGAAAAGAAACAUUCCAUCUUCGCGACCUGAUCGAGAAAAUGAGCACGAGCGCAAUGCAGACCACCUCGUCCGCUUGCAGGAGGAUUUGAAAUCUGCACGGGCAAACUUUAGAAGAGCGCAGCUACAGGCGAAGCGAGAGUCUGAAAAUCUCAAACGGCAGAACCGCGAGCUAUUAUUCACUGGUCGCAAAGACUCAGCGGACCAAGGAAACUUAAGAAGGACGGGGAAGCAUGAAAAGUUGACCCAGGACGAGAUAGCACUGCGGUCCGCAGAUGAUGUGACGCAAGCGUUAAGGAGGAUACAUAAUCAAUUGGAGGGCGAAUUGGCGCAGUCCCAAUUCGCGCAGCAGACGUUGAAUGAAAGUCAAGACGCAAUGGCCGGGCUGUCCGAGAGCUAUACUGGCACCACAGACUUGUUGAAAUCGUCCAGAGGUCUAGUCAGUCAGCUAGUCCGUAGUAGCAAGUCGGAUAGUUGGUACCUGCGCUCAGCCUGGUGGAUGUUGAUCCUCACAAUUGCCUGGCUGUUUUACAGAAGGAUUCUGUAUGGACCCAGUUUGUUGCUGAUCUACUACCCGUUCCGCAUGCUAUGGUUUACACUGGGCAGCAUUGGCACAAUCAUUCUCGGAAAUUCUUCAACUGAGCUCGGAAAUCGCGGACCGCUAAAGCCUUCGCUUUCGGUCUCAAUGCCUGCGAUUGGAAUUCCCAGACAGCGUUCUGUACGCCCACCCAUGAGUAUGGAGCUUCCGGCUAAAGGAGAUGGCUGGCACAGGCAUCCUGAGCAGCACAGAGAGCAGACUGAGAGUAUUGUCGAAGAGAUUGAGCGUAUCACAGGUCAAUCUUCCUCCGGCCCCGAGGAAUCUGAGCAAGGAAUGCAGGAGAGUCAGGACUCCGGCCGGAAUACCUUGAAGAGAAUGAUGGAGGUAGAAGUUGAACCUUCAGGUAGAUCCAGGGAUGAGCUAUGA